ACUUAAAAAUUAGUCAAUGAAGGGUUUCAGGGGGCUUGCAGCGAGUUUCUGCCAGACUUCAGGUGGGUUUGCUGUAAGUGGGUGAAACGCACCUGGGCCAAGGGCAUCAUUGAUGGGAGGCUGCGUGGGGACCCAACGCCGGCAACAGCAGCAGCAACAUCAUCGUUCAGGGAGACGGAGUGGUAAUGGCAGAAAAACAGGUCGAAAUGAGCCUCUGAAGAAGGAGAGGCCAAAAUGGAAAAGUGAUUAUCCCAUGACAGAUGGCCAACUGAGGAGUAAAAGAGAUGAAUUCUGGGAUACAGCACCUGCUUUUGAAGGUCGCAAAGAAAUCUGGGAUGCCCUUAAGGCAGCUGCCUAUGCCAUCGAAUGCAAUGAUCAUGAACUGGCCCAGGCUAUUGUAGACGGUGCCAGCAUAACUUUACCGCAUGGUUCAUUAACAGAAUGUUACGAUGAGCUUGGUAACCGGUACCAGCUUCCCGUUUAUUGCCUAGCACCGCCUCUAAACCUCAUCACCGAGAAAUGCGACGAGGAAAUGGCUGACAUACCCGACCCUCCAGCAAACGCCAAGCGAGAAUUCCAGCUCAAGGUGCGCUUGUCCACUGGGAAGGACGUCAAACUGAACGCCAGCAUGGCAGACACAAUCGGGCAGCUGAAGAGGCAGCUGCACACGGAAGAGGGUAUUGAACCCUCACGGCAGCGCUGGUUCUUCUCGGGGAGACUACUCACUGAUAAAAUGAGACUGCAGGAAACGAAAAUUCAGAAAGACUUUGUCGUGCAAGUUAUAGUCAAUGAGGUAGCUGCUAUUUACUGAGCCACCUGGCAAAAAUAUAUCAAUAUGCAAGACACAUGACUAUGUAUCUUAUAUAAGAAAAACUGAAGGGCUCUGGAACAUGGUCAGUGUAAGGAGGGACUUGGAGUUGGAGUGCACUGGAAUAUGUACAAUGGCCUGUUCUGGCCAUUGUCAGUUGGACAGUCAAAUUUAGUUUGAGGCCAAAAACAAGAAUCAUAUUUAAUUUACAUCUGGCAGUCUUGUUAUUGCUGCCUUUGGCCAGCCAAUGGAUAUUUUUGACUGUAAAUGAAGGUGAUUUCUGUUGCUCUCCUGUCCCCAUCCUCUCGCUCUCCUGUCCCCAUCCUCUCGCUCUCCUGUCCCCAUCCUCUCGCUCUCCUGUCCCCAUCCUCUCGCUCUCCUGUCCCCAUCCUCUCGCUCUCCUGUCCCCAUCCUCUCGCUCUCCUGUCCCCAUCCUCUCGCUCUCCUGUCCCCAUCCUCUCGCUCUCCUGUCCCCAUCCUCUCGCUCUCCUGUCCCCAUCCUCUCGCUCUCCUGUCCCCAUCCUCUCGCUCUCCUGUCCCCAUCCUCUCGCUCUCCUGUCCCCAUCCUCUCGCUCUCCUGUCCCCAUCCUCUCGCUCUCCUGUCCCCAUCCUCUCGCUCUCCUGUCCCCAUCCUCUCGCUCUCCUGUCCCCAUCCUCUCGCUCUCCUGUCCCCAUCCUCUCGCUCUCCUGUCCCCAUUCUCUCGCUCUCCUGCUUUUGUCUCUCUAAUCUGUCUGUCUGUCUCUCUCUGUCUCUUCUUCCACCUCUUUCCAUUUCCUACCAUCUCAAAAAAAUUGAUUGAAUAGCCAUCUCACUGUGGUCCUGUCAACCUGGGUACUUUGCAGUGAAAAUCUUUUAAAGGUUGCUCUAUAGUAGCAGUUUGAGGCUUUAUAUAGAAAAGUGUACUGCAAAUGUUUUACAAUGGCUUUAAUCGUGCAGUGGUUGAUCACUUGUUUUUUUGCUGUAGGCCUGUAAGGACCCAGCUAAGCACCAAAAAUUUGCUGUUGUGUGUUUAUGUAUAAUUACACCAAUUGAAGUCUCAAUGUAA